GUACGACAUAAAAACGACAAUAUACUUUACGUCCCCCAAAUAUUGCGACAGUGACGUAUUCCAUAACGUUGUUACAAACAAAAUGGCGUCCGGCAGUGGGUCCAGUGGUGGAGGUAAUAGCAGCAAGAAUGAUUUUCGACGAAAGUGGGACAAAGAUGAGUAUGAACAACUGGCUCAAAAACGUCUCGAUGAGGAACGGGACAAAAAAGAUGGCAAGCCAGCGCCCCCAGUCAAGCGGGAGCUCCUGCGACACAGGGACUACAAGGUGGACCUCGAGUCCAAGCUGGGUAAAACCAUUGUUAUCACCAAGACCACACCACAGGCUGAGAUGGGCGGGUACUACUGCAAUGUGUGUGAUUGUGUUGUGAAGGAUUCCAUCAACUUCUUGGACCACAUCAAUGGAAAGAAACACCAGAGGAAUCUGGGAAUGUCCAUGCGCGUAGAGCGAUCCUCAUUGGACCAGGUGAAGAAACGAUUUGAAGUUAACAAGAAGAAGAUUGAGGAGAAGCAGACAGAAUAUGAUUUUGAAGAGCGCAUGAAAGAGCUUCGAGAAGAGGAGGAGAAAGCAAAGGCUUACAAGAAGGAGAAGCAGAAGGAAAAGAAGCGUAAAGCUGAGGAGGAUCUUUUUGAGGAGGAUGAUGAAAUGGCUGCUGUGAUGGGAUUCUCGGGGUUUGGUUCCUCAAAGAAAGGCAAAUGACCUAAAGACUUUACACAUUUCUUUACACUCUACAACCUUUCCCUUUUGGCUGAUCAAAGUAAACUUUGCUGUCUGUAGUAUUCUAUCAGCCUGUUCCCAGAUGUGCUUAAGCUAGCUACUUGUUGUCAUGAGCACAACAAAAGGGUUGGCUAUAGAGCAAACCGUUCUGCCACCAGGUUGGUAUCCUAUGACUCAUCAUAUCCCCCCCCCCCCCCCAUUCUAUUCCCAAACCAGCCUCCCCCAAAAACUAAACGCAUGCUGUACAUAGUCUGAGGAGUCCCUGAAACUGCUAGGUUUGUGGUUGAUAGUAAUACAAUUAGUAAUUUAUUGGGACUUUUAUAUCUGAAUUUAGGGUAAAUGUCCACAGAUGUUUUAAAAAAAAAAAGAAGAAUAAUCAUAACUUACAACAGGUUCCCAUUGACCUUGAAGAUUAUUUUGUGUGUUCAUUUGCCUACAUUCCACUAGUUGCACUACCUGUUUUUUCACGCAAAUAUAGUGGAUGUUUAUCUACUCAAAGAUGUCAGUUAUUGGACAGUGCAUUUAAUUUUAUUUGCCUUUUCAACUGUUCGGCCCCCAAAUAACAACCUCGUAACUAAAUGCUUCCCUAGUAAAUUACACCUAGAAACAUGGGGCAAUUGUGUGUAGUAGUGUUUGCCUUACUCAAGACAUCUGUGAUUCAUACAAUAAAUUGUUUGACUUUGUAAA